AUGGAACGUGCGCGUGCAUCGUUCGAUGCAUUGGCGUCCCUCUCGGAUCCACUGCGCGUGCCAGCGUCAGAACGCACAUACGGUCGACAGUUCGCGCAGAUGUACGACUACCGUCUUGCGGUGCUUCGUCGGCGCGCGCGAGAGGCUGCCAUGGCCCAGCGCCCGGAUACUUGUGUUAAUGCGACGUACAUUGAGCGACUCCUCGAUAUUCCACCGCGCCAAAUGUGCAUGGUUGUCGGCACAUUCUACUCAGCGAUGCAACUCAAGCCUGACGUCCUCCAGGACAUUGCUCGUGAUCUGUCACUCCCAGCGCCACCACCACGCACGAGUUAUGUCGAUACAGAGCAUGACGAACUAUUCUUGGAGGAUCAGAGUGGCCGCGUGCGUGUUGUUGGCGAUCUUCUUCGGCCUGGUACGCAGCUUGCACAGACAUGUGUUACCGGCGUCGUGGCUUGUGUGAUUGGCAUCGAGACACCCGAUGGCGACUUGGAAGUGCACCACGUGUUUUUCCCAGGACUACCGCCCACAGCCGCCGUGUCGUACUUGGCAGCGAAGCAGCUGCCACGCCCGCGAACAAUCACAACUUCAUCGUUCUUGCAAGUGGUCUGCACGUGGGAGAGCCGGAUCCACGCAGUGAUCUCGCUCGGGACCUGCUGA